AUGUUCCACAAUGCGGUGGUGUGGGACCCGUUGAAGAACACCCUCCGACAUUUCUCCGGUGCUGCGUCUUCGCUGGCCAUCACCAAUGACACAGGUACCCUGGAGUUUUCCUCUGUCGCCUCUGGCAUAGCAUCGGGGGAAGUUUCUCCUACCACGGGCCAGGUGUGGGCCCCGCCAUUACUGGAGACCCGGAUAGCACAAGAGUUUCGCCGUGCUACACGACGGCCGGGGAGCCAGCCGCCGCCGCCGCCGCCGCCGCCGCCGCCGCCGGGACCGACGCCGAGGCCGGACCAGAGUACGAGCCGGAACAAGCGCUCUCGCAAGGCGGUGACUCACGACACCAACAACUACCAUAAACACGGGUUUAGUCGUCUCCCCGGUGCCGAAGAAGACUUCAACAAGUGGACAGUCGCACAGCUACGCGAAUUCCUCAGCGUUUUUAGGUGCCUCGACCACGCCGGCCACAGCGCGUACCUCAAGGGCCCCCUCGUCGAGCUGGCGGGGCAGAUAGUGGCGAUGAUCAAGAAGUGCGGGUUGCUCAACAGCAACCAAGCGUUCCGCCAUCCUGUCCCGGAUCUCAGCUCUUUCCAAGACAAGGAGCGCAUGGCCAUGCCCGAACUACCCGGCCCCCGCUCGCGGAUCAGCGGCUUUGAACAUCUACAGCAGCACCUCCCCGAAAUGUCCAAGUCGGUGAUUCUGCAGUUCCUCCGACAAGUCAACCCAAUCUCUGGCGAGGGUUCGCGGGUUUGGUACAGGGGGAUGCAGAAGGUUACGGAUAUGGGGAACCUGAACAGGUUGUGGGGCGUCCCGGCCAAGAACGGGUUGAUGUAUCUGGGGAUGAGUUCGCUUCUACGGUAA